ACUUUAACUGUGUUUACUCGUGUUGAUUCAGUUUUCUCUUUGGUAAUUUUGACGCUAUCUCUUACGCAACGUUUUUAAGAAUAAUAAUUAUCAAAAUGAGGCUACAUGCGAUACUAACAGCUAAAGGUCCUAAAAGAAGAGCUCAAAAUCCAAAUACAAUUCCAAUUAGACAAAUGCUACCCUUACGUUUAAAAGACAAAGUUGUUGAAUCAGGACGGAAUUCGAUGGAGGGCAAAUGUUUGUUUGAAAUGUCAUUACUGUUUAAGUGUUGGGAGGAUAAUGAUUUUAAUGAUACAAUGUGUGGUCAGUAUAUGAAGAAUCUCCAACAGUGUUAUCAGAACUACAUGACAACAACAGCUGUCCGUAAAGAACAGCAGAAAAUCGACAUUCCUACUCCUAACGCGAAGAAUUUGAGUACAAGACAAAUUAGUUAUCUUUUACGCAAGUACCCAACUGUUUAAUCAUAGUAAAUUAAAUAAAAUACUGUAGACAUAAAAUA